AUGCCACGAAAUGCAUACCCCGCUCCCCUAGUCAUUACACCUCUGGGUGAAGAGCAUACACACACUAUUAUUUCGCUCCAUGGAAGAGGCAGCAAUGCUGAGCGCUUCGGUUAUGAACUUCUUGCCGCUGCAAACCUACAAGCUCGACUUCCCACGGUGAAAUUCAUCUUUCCGACUGCAAGUAAGCGGCGGGCAACGAGGUUCAAAAAGAUGCAUAUCAAUCAGUGGUUUGACAACUACUCCAUUGAGGAUCCUGGAGAGAGAACAGACUUACAGGUCGAAGGGCUCUGUGGGACUGCUGGAUUGAUUCGUGGCUUAAUCAGCGAAGAGGCUCGCAUCUUGGGGGGCUGGCCCGACGCCACUGAAACAAGCACAAUCGGGGCAUUUGUUGGGAUGAGUGGAUGGCUGCCCUUUGAGCAGCAGUUGCACGAAAUCCUUCAAUGUGGUGAGAUUCCUCCGUCGGCUAGAGACGACCAGGAACCUCGAUCCGAUGAUGACUCAGACUCAGACGACGGAGAAGCAGAUAUGCAGCAGUCGAACAGUGAUGGAGAGUCAGACGUAGAUGCAGAUGUCUUUUCGGAACUGGACUUGGAUGAUGAUCCAUUCAAAAGAAGCAGCCCUUCGCAUGAUGAUUUUGAUCCCUUUGCGGACGAUGAGGAAAAAUCCUUACUGCUUGAGCACGCUAUCAGCCAUGUUCGGGACAUUCUUGAUCUUCCAAUGAUCUCAGCAGACGAUCAUUCAAUGGAGGAUUCGCAAUCACAACCAAGUUUCCAUCAUCUCCAGACGCCUGUUUUUAUUGGCCACGGAUCUGAAGACCCAAAGGUUUCUGUGGAACUUGGAAGAAAGAUGUCGCAUGUCCUUUUAGCCGGUUUUGGGAUGGAUGUGACUUGGAAGGCCUAUGAUGGGUUGGGACAUUGGUAUCGCGUCGAGGAUGAGAUUGAAGAUAUCUUGAGAUUUCUUCAGGAUAGGGUCGAUCUGCCAGUGACACAAGUGCUUCCCCAAGACCAACGUGAGUAA